AUGAGAGCAGAGAUCAAUGAUGAGUAUGGAUUUAUUCACGAAAUAAGACCCAAUAGAAAUCCCUUGAAUAAAAGGCAGAGGAAAAAAAGGGCAUUGCAACACAGAUAUGAGGACCUCAAGCUUGUUGUUCCAUAUCCAGAGCUUUUUGAGUUUGAGGAUGUAACAUGCCCAGAUCCAAUAGCUCACAAUAAGAUGAAGGGACAGAGUAGUGUUCCGGUCCCCAGCAAUUGGAGAUCAAGCUCUGGAAGAAUGUUUCCGCAUGGAUACCAUAAGCCUGGAUAUCAGAUUCCCUGGAAUGUAAUGAAGACAGGGAUUCCUGAGUUAAGAAGAAUGAUGAAGGAAAGGGAGGCGGGGAUGAGUCUUCGGGAAAGGGUAAGGGAAAAGUUGUAUCCAAAACUGGGGAAAUCCUUGGUCGACCAACGGAUACUGUAUGAGGCGUUUUCCAUAGAGGAAAAACCGCAUCUCAGUAGUUAUGGAGAAUUUUUCAAGCCGGGGACGGACUACUUUAUAAAGAAGAGCUCCUCUGGUACGAUGAGCGUUGAGCUCAUGGAAGCUCUGGGAAUCGACAACACCACUCCGCCGCCAUGGCUUUUCAAAAUGCAGAAGUAUGGAAUGCCGCCAUCCUAUCCGAAUGCAAGGAUUCCAGGGCUGAAUGCACCAAUACCUGAGGGAUGUAUGUAUGGAUACCAGCCUAGGGGUUGGGGAGAGCCCCUGGUUGAGGCAGAGGCUGGAAUAGCUGAAAACGGCAUUCUUCAAGAGAGUGUAGAGGUUAUCUAUAACACUGAGAACCAGUACACUAAGCCGGUGUACAUUGAGGAGUUGGAAGAAAGAGUUACUCUGGAAAGUAGUAGGGCUGAAAAAGAUGAGGCACCCGAAGAAAAAGCUGUUGCUAAGGAGGAAGUGGAAGCGAAAGAAAAAAGAAGAAGCAGAAAGGAAAAGCUUUAUAAGAGUAUUAAGUUCUAG